UCAGAAGAUGUUGUAAUUUCACGGACAUAUGACGUUGUGGUUACUUAAGUCAAUAAUAAAUCGCCAAAAUAUGACAACCAUAAGAUAUCGUUUUAUUUUAUUUGCGAUUUUAAGACAUUUAAGGGGUCUUUUAUUUUGCCCCUCGACUAGCUGUCGCGUCGUGGUUACGUCAUAGCGUCGGCGCCAGAUUUAACUGCUGUGCUUCUCGUGUUUGUUUUGAGUCGGUCAGGAUUUAAGGCGCAUACAACGUUUAGCGCGAUUCAGAGUUGUUUAAACAAAUGUAUUCCGACAAUGUGGUAAUAAGAAAUGAAUGCUGAACGGAAAACUGCAGUGAUUUGUUUGCUGAUAGUUUGUUUCUCGUAAAUGGCGCCAAAAUAUAUAAAGUUAUUUUCUGAGGAAAUCGCCUCAACACGUGGGGAACCGUAGUAUUUUGUUUAGCUUUUCUUUUUCUUUCUAUUGAUUUUUCUAAUCAAAGACAAGCUGCAAAACUCCACAGGAGGAGUUGUGAUACUUUAAUGGAUGUAAAGAUGGGGUUUAUUAAAGAGGAGCCUGAGGACACGAGUGAUCCAGAGCCAUGCGGAGUGAAAGAUGAAGAACCCCAGGAGCUGAGAGGCCUGACGGAAGUGAAAGAGGAGAGUCAAGUCCCAAAUAAAGUCCAAGACAACUGUUAUUUUCAGACACUUAAAACUGAAGAAAACUCUCAGCCUGCAAAUCUCCCACAAAAAGGACACGUUAAAAAUCGUGCCAGAAAGAAGCCUUUAACAUGCACUCACUGUGGAAAGAAUUUCAGUCAUAAAGGAAAACUUAAUAUCCACAUGAGGAGUCACACUGGAGAGAAGCCCUUCGUGUGUCCUCAGUGUGGAAAGAGGUUUAUUCACAGAGGACAUCUUAACGAACACUUACGGAUUCACACCGGAGAGAAGCCGUACACAUGCACUCACUGUGGAAAGAGUUUCACACAUAAAACAAGCCUAACGUGGCACAUGAGAACUCACGCUAAAGAAAGCCCUUUAACCUGCUGUCAGUGUGGAAAAGGAUUCAAACAGCAAGAAAAACUCGAGUGUCACAUGAGAACUCACACUAAAAACAAUCCGUUUACAUGCCCUCAGUGUGGAAAGAGUUUCACAUAUAAAACAAACCUAGCGUGUCACAUGAGAACUCACGCUAAAAACAAUCCGUUUACAUGCCCUCAGUGUGGAAAGAGUUUCGUUCAUAAAGGACACCUUAACGAUCACUUACGAGUCCACUCUGGGGAGAAACCGUUCACAUGUCAUCUGUGUGGCAAGAGUUACAGAGUUAAAGGAUACUUUAAUAUUCACAUGAGGAGUCACACUGGAGAGAAGCCCUUCGUGUGUCCUCAGUGUGGAAAGAGGUUUAUUCACAGAGGACACCUUAACGAACACUUACGGAUUCACACCGGAGAGAAGCCGUACACAUGCACUCACUGUGGAAGGAGUUUCACACAUAAAACAAGCCUAACGUGUCACAUGAGAACUCACGCUAAAGAAAGCCCUUUAACCUGCUGUCAGUGUGGAAAAGGAUUCAAACAGCAAGAAAAACUCGAGUGUCACAUGAGAACUCACACUAAAAACAAUCCUCUUACAUGCCCUCAGUGUGGAAAGAGCUUCGUUCAUAAAGGACACCUUAACGAUCACUUACGAGUCCACUCUGGAGAGAAACCGUUCACAUGUCAUCUGUGUGGCAAGAGUUACAGAGUUAAAGGAUACUUUAAAGUUCACCUGAGAAUCCACUCUGGAGAGAAGCCGUAUGCGUGUGACCAGUGUGGAAAGAGGUUUAUUCAUAAAGGACACCUUACUGAACACUCAAGAGUUCACUCUGGAGAGAAGCCUUUCGGAUGCACUCCGUGUGGAAAGUGUUUCGCACAUAAAGGAAGCCUAAGGUUGCACAUUAAAAAGUAUCACACUGAAGAUGAGAGAUGCCUUGAGCGUCACGCGAGGAGCCUAAAAACAUGCCCUCGAUGUGGAAAGGGAUAUAAGCAUAAAGGACACCUUAUGAAUCAUAUAAAAACUCACACCAGAAAUACACUUACAUAAAUGAAACACAAAUAAACCCUUUGAACUGCACAUGAAUGCAUAACCUGUCUGGUUUUUCCCGGACUACUGCUGUCAUUACAGACGAGGUUUUUGAUGUUCGCCGCAGUGCCAUUGGCUUCCUAAUAAGACAAAUACACUGCUCAAAAAAAUUAAAGGAACACUUCGAAAACACAUCAGAUCUCAAUGGGGAAAAAUAUCAUGCAGGAUAUCUAUACUGAUAUGGACUGGGUAAUUUGUUAGGAAUGAAAAGA